GUCGUUUAUAGCUGUCGCAACCACAUCAGCGCGAACCGAUACCCUCGCUCAUACGAAUUCCUAUAUUUCCCAGUGCGUUCAUCGAUGUUUAUCGAAUUUGCGGCCAACAUCCGUAUGUUGACGAUUCCCGACUGAACAGUAUUAAGUGAUGGGCAAAGGUGAAGAAAGAAACGGGACGACAGCACAGGCAGGCGAAUCGACAUUCCUGGCAAAGAGCUCGAACGAGGCUAGCAAGAUGUUGGAAGCCGCAUUGCUACAAAUGGAUGACAUUAUUUCUGGUGCUUGUGCCGAAAAUUCGACCGAGAGUAACAUGGAGUGGAAGAAUUCGGUAAAAGAGGCGACCAGGAAUCUCGUGACUGCGAUAAAGAGCGCACCGAUGCCACCUCCGCCGCCUGAUGGCGUCACCCAGAACAUCCUGCUGUCAUGGAUGCAACCGGAUUUCAUGGCGUUAAUUUUAGUUUCGGCGAAGACGAUGCCGUGAUCGGUAGCGCGAGAGUGCACUUCAUCGAGAUAACGUUCGAUUGUGUGUAAACGCCGAUAUCAGAAACCUGAAUGUAUUUUAUACAGUGAACAGAGUUUGGCAACAUCAUUACAUAUCUGACAUCUAUUAUAACGGUGAUCUUGUGAGAGAAAGUUUACGAUAGAAAUGUGAAUUUUUUUUUAAGUUUCUUGAUAUUAAUACAUCUCUUACCGAACCAGACAUGAGACUGUAAUGUGUUUCAUGCUGAGCUCAAUUAAAAAACAAACGUAAUAAUUUAGUGAAUGUUGCAAAG